AUGACAAUUACUGUCCAAUCCGGAGCAAUGAUGAAAGAUGUGGUUGAAGAAGCUGCAAAGGAAGGACUGGCUCUGCCUGCCAUGAUUUACUGGAAUGGAGUUUUGGCAGCAGGAGUUGUUUCUACAGGAGCCCAUGGCAGUGGUCUGUCAGGAAGAGGAAGUGGGGUUUAUGAAUAUGUUGUUGGGAUGAAAUUGGUAGUCCCUGCGCCUCCUUCCCAAGGAUAUGCAAAGCUUAUCACACUGAGCGGAUCAGAUCCAGAUCUGAAAGCUGCUAAGAUAUCUCUUGGAACGCUGGAAGCGAUCUCUGAAAUAUCCUUCGCAUUGCAGCCUAUGUUCAAGACCUCAUUUUCAGCCAGUGUGAAAGAUGAUAAUGAUCUAGAAAAAGAAGCCGAGAGUUUUCUAAGAGCCAGUGAAUAUGCAGAUAUAAAAUGGUUUCCCUCCCAUGGGAAGGCAAUUUUCGUGACCAACCAGGUUGUUUCUGUUGAUGUACCUGGAGAUGGCCUCAACAUGGCAGUUGGCAGUCCAAUCACAGCUAUGAGCGUUGAAACAAUUUUAGGGUAUGGGCUAUUGAAGUGGGAGGGAAAGAGAGCAAGGGCAAUAUCACGCUGUGAUGACGAAAUCCAAGCAAAUGAAGAUGUGGAUGCAAUCUGCAAUGAAGUGGAGCAGGUAUUCUCAUCCGCGACAAAGGGUAGUGGCUUCUUGAAUGACGGGAAACAGUUCACAGGGUAUCCUGUAAUUGGAUUCAAUCAUCGGAUGCAAGCAUCUGGUGGGUGCCAAGAAAGUCACCCUAAUUAUCAAGAUAACCAGAAGAGCUGCACUCCUACCAAGAUUCUGGAUAAAAAUAAUACAGUCUGUAAGUGGGAUCGACGGCUGCACACUAAUGUGGUCUUCGACGUGGAGCUGAGAGUAUCAAUGUUUCAUCUCCAUGAGGCAAUUGAGGACAUAAAGAAAAUAAGGGAUUUGAGUCGCUCAAGCCUGUGUGACCGGAGUUAUUUUUCUGUCAGUGGAAUAUUCAUGCGUUCUGUUAAGAAGUCAGGUGCAUACCUUGGGCCUGCAGAGGAUCAGGUAACUUUGGAGGUGCAAACUUAUCGGCCAAGGAAAGCAGGCAUACCCAAGUGGAAUGAAGAUGUGUUUCAAGAAAUUCAGCAAAUGGUGAUAGAGAAGCACAGAGGGGUACUGCACUGGGGGAAGUCUGGAGGUCACUUGUUUGAUGGUGUCGCCAAGCGAGCUGUAAACCUGGAGAAGUUUCUCGAGGUGAAGGAUAGGUUUGAUCCCAGUGGAGUUUUUUCUAAUGAUUGGACUGAUGGGUUGUUUGGGAUCGGAGGGAGAAGAGUGGAGGAGUUCAGGGAUGGUUGUGCUCUGGAUAAGAUGUGCAAGUGCAGAGAGGAUAAACAUUGUGCUCCAGAGAAAGGAUAUUUCUGCGAGAGGGAAGAAUUUGGAACAAGGCUCGUGUUUGCAGGAAAUCAUCUUGAUGGUGAUGGUGGGUCAUUCCCCGGCCUUGGAUACCCAGAAUCAGAUCCAGAUCUGAAAGCUGCUAAGAUAUCUAUUGGAACGCUGGGAGCGAUCUCUGAAAUAUCCUUCGCAUUGCAGCCUAUGUUCAAGACCUCAUUUUCGGCCAGUGUGAAAGAUGAUAAUGAUCUAGAAAAAGAAGCCGAGAGUUUUCUAAGAGCCAGUGAAUAUGCAGAUAUAAAAUGGUUUCCCUCCCAUGGGAAGGCAAUUUUCGUGACCAACCAGGUUGUUUCUGUUGAUGUACCUGGAGAUGGCCUCAAUAUGGCAGUUGGCAGUCCAAUCACAGCUAUGAGCGUUGAAACAAGUGCUUGUCAUUGUGAAUAUCCUAAAACUCUUAUAGGUUCACCUUCUUGA